GCAAGCUGAGGCCACUAGAACAGAUAACCGCGCAGAGAGCCGAUAGCUCUCGGUAUGCAUAGGAGAAUAUGCGCGUUUUAAAAACGAAGAAGACAUCUGAACCAUAACACAGUGAAGAUUUAAAGGCGUUAUUUUCCCACCCGCCCCUCGUGACAUUACGUUUCACGCAACAGGCUGCAAGACCAAUGUGGAGUCUAAGCUGAAGAACAGUACCACCUGUAACACCGUACCCGUGCUUCCGACUUUCGUGCCGAUGCCGAGAAUGAAGAAGCAAAACGUCCGGACCUUGUCGCUCAUCCUCUGCAUGUUCUCCUACUUGCUGGUGGGCGCCGCGGUGUUUGACGCGCUGGAGUCCGAGUCGGAGAGCUCCCGCCGGCGCAUCUUGGAGCAGAAGCGCAACGAAAUGAAGAAGAAGUACCGCUUCUCCGAGGACGACUACCGCGAAAUCGAGAGAGUAGUGCUGCAAGCUGAGCCCCAUCGCGCCGGGAGACAGUGGAAAUUUGCUGGCUCUUUUUACUUUGCCAUAACAGUAAUCACUACCAUUGGUUAUGGACAUGCAGCCCCUGGAACAGAUGCUGGGAAGAUCUUCUGCAUGUUCUAUGCUGUACUCGGCAUUCCUCUCACUUUGGUUAUGUUCCAGAGCCUGGGAGAGAGGAUGAACACAUUUGUCCGCUAUCUCUUACAUAAGGUGAAACAAUGCCUGGGCUUUCGACGCACUGAGGUGUCCAUGGAGAACAUGGUCCUGGUGGGCUUUUUGUCCUGCAUUGGAACACUGUGUGUGGGCGCCGCAGCCUUUUCCCACUUUGAGGGAUGGAGCUUCUUCCAUGCUUACUACUACUGCUUCAUCACACUCACCACAAUUGGCUUUGGUGACUUUGUGGCUUUACAGAAAAAAGAGGACCUCCAGGAGAAAACGCCCUAUGUCGCUUUCAGCUUUAUGUACAUUCUGGUGGGGUUAACUGUUAUCGGAGCAUUUCUUAACUUAGUGGUGCUCCGUUUCCUCACUAUGAACACUGAGGAUGAGCGACGGGAUGCACAAGAAAGGGCUUCAAUGAAGAGGGACAGAGGCCUUUUGGAUGGGACCCUGAGCCUUGGUGUUUUAGGGGAACAAAGCAGAGAUAGCCACAGUGAGAGGAACAGGAGCAACAUGGUGCACAGCCAUAGUACACUCUUCCUCCCGAUGGAGGAAGGAACCAGUCGCACCAACCUCAUCUCUUCCCCGGUGGAUCAGGAAAGACGAAAAAGCCCCUGCAGGCACAGGUUGCAUUUCCAGAUAAAGGCAGGCAGACGCAGGCAGGAGUCGAGCCUCAGCUCCCUCUGUUCCUGCGUGUGCUACCGCUUAGAGAUUUGCGAUAGCCCUCUUAUGUCCCACAGUGAACAUCAUGGCUGCCACGUUAAUUCUGUUUAUUACAACUCAGUUUCCUACAGGAUUCAGGGCUGUUCACCAAGUUCCAGGGACAACACUGGACUAACUUCGCCAGGAAGCAGGAUCUCACCUGGCCAUAGUUUCCGGGAGUUCCCUCAUUUACGAAGAAAGUCAGUAUAAGGAGCAUUAUUGUGAGGGAAAAGUGUUUGCACAAACUGUAAACAGUAUUUUCAGAGACACUGUAUUUUGUGUUACUUCUCCUUUGUGCAUGAAGACAAAGGUUCUGUUUAGUAAAUAAGUUGUCUGUUGUGGCUAUUGAAAAUAAUUUUAUUUCUAAAGCGAGAAGGGUUUGUUUCUUCCUUUCUUUACGUUGACUGUUUUUUUUUCUGUUGGUGAUUCUGCUGUUUUGCUUGCAUGUAAGGCACAGUGCAGUGCAUGCUAAAGAGAAUGUAUAGCACAAAAGGUGACUGCACGAGUGCCAUGUAAAGAUGUAAAAAGUCAGCCUUUUUAAUCUACACUUUUAAUCAAAAGUAUUUUGGCUAUGAGGGUUAUGACUGUGUAACUGUUUGGUGAAGAUAUGUGAACAAUCCUCAGUGGAAUUUGCUUCUGGUUUGGAGAAAAUGUAAUUUUUCAUGCCAUAGAUGAAAGAUGUCAUUAUAUAUAUAUAUAUUUUUAAAAAAGCCUUAAAGAACUUUGACCAAGCACAUGACAAAUGUGGCUUUUUACUCAGCGAGCAUUGCAGGUGUGAAGUGGGAUGCACUGCUGCACUCUGAUAUAAAGAGAUUACGCUUGUUAGAGGACUAAUUUGAAUGUAGCACACAACAGAAACGUAUAUGUAGCAGGGUUUUAGUGAAACUGGAAAACUAAUUUUUUUUUUUAGCAAAGGAAGUGCUGUUUCUUUGUAGACUUGGUUUGUAUUCAAUGUGAAUGUCUGUUUUAUUGUUUUAUUAAACCAAAGAAAAGUGGCUGUUUUUUUCUUUUCUUUUUUCAAGCUUAUUGUUCAUCGAACAAAAUUGCUCCUCUUUGUAUGCAGUUAUUUUCAUUCACUUGUCUUCCACUGAUCAGUUUUUAAUCUACUGGAACAUCUCAAUAUGUGGUAAGAAGAAAAGAAAAAAAGAAGCAGGACUUAAAAGUUUUCUCUUUGUUGACUUCCCUUUAUCUGCUGGAACACAUCUGAGCAACGGCAUAUAAAAAGGUGCCAUAAUGAAGUUUAUAAUCCUACUUACUGUGGUGAUACUUCAUCAUUUGUUAAGGUGGCAUAGAGUUUAUAUAGAGAAAAAAAACUACCUAGUCCACUGGCUUAUUUAUUUUGGUCAGUAGACAAGAAUAAAAUUAGAUACAUUUAGUUGAAAUAUCAAGAUUUUUUUAGUUCUCUGUGUUAUGUCUGCUUCAAUAUAUCAAGUGCAUGCUUUACAAUCAAUUACAGCUGUUAACGGACUGGUAUCAUAAAUAUUUUUCUUAAUCUGUAUCCAGUUUAACUGUACCUUCACCAUUUGUUUGUUCUGCAAGUCAUGAAACAGUUGCCCAGUUGUGUUAAAAAUGUGAAGAUAUUUCACAAUAUCAUCCAUCCAUCGAAGCUGCCAUAGGGUGUGAGGUAGUGUUCACCCUGCACAGGUCGGCUGUCUGUCCAAGGUGGACAAACUACCGACUGCAGACUGCUGACAAAUGGAAAUCUAUGGCCAAUUUAGCCAACAUGACGCGACAGUGCAAUUCAACAGCAUACUGUGGUGGAAUUUAACAAAAGUAAGCCUAUAUUCAUGCAUUGUAACUUACUUGAUCCAGUUACUGCAAUUACACUGAGCCACUGAAAUUCUGAUUCAGUGAAUGCAUUUUACACAUUGUUUACUUUGUGUACUGCAUAGAUUUUACAUUACAUUAGAAAAUUAAGAUGUAUUAUUAAACUGCACUGUUCUGCUGUUAGAUAAUAAAAUACCUAAUAAA